AUGGGGGCACUCUUUCAGCCGAUAAACCAAGUGAAGUUCACAAAUGUUGCUAUAGUGAAGUAUAAACACAAGGGGAAAAAGUUCGAAAUUGCUUGUUACAAGAACAAGAUAAUCGACUGGAGGAAUGGAACCGAACUCAACAUAGACGACGUGCUGCAGUCACACUUAAUUUUUACCAACGUGUCGAAGGGAGAAAUAGCCAAAAAGUCGGAACUGAAUUCUUGCUUCAACUCGGACAACAACUAUGAAAUAUGCAAAACGAUUUUAGAGAAAGGCACCCUACAAAUAAGCAACAAAGAGAGGUCAAUUAUGAAGGAGAAAAUUUACAAAGACAUGAUUGAGAUUCUGCAUGAAAUGAGUGUGAACCCCCAAACGGGUUAUCCCCUCUCAACGAACAUGAUAGAAAGCAUGGUAAAAAAUAUUGGCUACAGCAUAAACAUAGACGACAGCGCAAAGAAGCAGGCGCUAAAAGUUUUUGACAUUUUAAGUAAAGAAUAUGAUGAUGUCAUUCAACGGGCAUUCAUGCGAAUCCAAAUCAUCUGUGAUGAUUAUAUAAAAGAUGACGUAAUAAAAUUUCUUAAUAGCAAUAAUGUCAUAAUAGAAGAAGAAAAAUUAACCAACAACGUUAAGAGAGAGGACAAUGUAGAUGUUGAAAGUAGUCAUGUGCAUGAUGAAUUUGUCCACUUACCUAAAAAUGAGAAAGGAGAAAAUGGCACGUGUGCAAUUAACACAGGGGAAAAUGAAAACGACGCUGUCAGCGAACCAGCGAAGGAAGAAUUUGGAGAAAAUGCAAAAGUGGUGGGCGAUUCAGUUGCUGCGGAUAGUGCGGGCAACAGCGCCAGGGGGGAAGGUGAAGAGGAGGAGAAGGAGGAGAAGUAUAGCCACGAAAACGUUGGUGAUCAGAAUGCAAGCAAUAGAGAAGACUGUAACAACGAUGAAGGUAGCACCCACCUGAGCAGCGAUCACAAAGAUGCUCCUGUAGAAGACAGUUCCCCACCCAAGUCGAAUAAAGAGGCACAGGAGAACGACGCGGAAGAUGAGACGAGUCACGAAAUUAGCCAAAAUUACACGAAUGAAAUGGAAAAAAGUGAAAGUAUUUCCAAAAAAGAAAUAAACGACCCGUUACACAGCACUUCGAACGAGGAAGAAAAAAAACACACAACAGGUGAAAUCUGCCAACAGAAGGAUGAAAAGGCAGAAAUCGAUCCUAACAGCGAUGACGUUAAAGUAAAAACGAAACCAAAAAAGAAUAAACAUGAAAAAGAAAGGAAGGAAAGAAAUCCGGAAAUGCAUAAAAUUGUAUUUUUAUGCUACCCGUGUGUGUAUAGAUGUGUGGAUGCUUUUACCAAAAAAUAUAAGAAGAGCUGUUCCAGCAAAAUUUUGAAUAAUAACGUUAAGAUAGCCACCUCGAAUAAGAAGAAGAGGAGCAAUGUGGAAAAUUCAGUGACUGGUGCGAAGGUGGAUGCGAAUGACGCAAUGGGGAGGACUGCUAAAGGCAAGGACGACCGCCAAAUGGGAGGCGACAACCUAAACGGUGGUACAAGCAGCAAGGGCAAUCGUAGAAGAGGAAACGCCAAAGGCAACAGUCGCAGGGAGGAAGAAGCCAAUCACGACGCUGCAAAUGCGAAGAACGAGGGGGACGUACGCAGUGACCACCCCCGCCAGGUCAACAAGAACACUAACAGGAACGAUAAAAACAAAGUUAUCGACGACAACGGCAACCACAACAGCUGCAAUAGCAGCAAACGCGAAGACGCUCCAGACGCCGCACAACAGAAAAGCAGGGAAGAACUAAGUGACAAGCCAAACAGCGAAAAUGUAAUCAUGUGCACAAGUUGCUUGACGAAAAUUGAAAAAAGCAACUACAAGCUGCACUGCAGAAGUGACUUUCAUGUGUAUAAUGUUAAGAGGAAGUAUAAAAAGCUCUCCCCCAUCACGCUGGAGGAAUACGUCGAAAUCGACUUUGACGUGGCGCACUUUCAUGUUGAUAUGUGA